CGUUCCAUAUCGAUGGCCUGUACCAACCGAUGGACACGAAGGUGCAGCCUGGAGAGGCAGGUGCCUCACACCCGCUUGGAGGACGAUGCUGACCUCAAGAAAAUAUAUGCAGUUGGGAGGAAAUUGGGCCAAGGUAGCUUUGGGGUCGUACGUGAAGUCACCCAUAUAGAGACAAAUGAGAAAUGGGCUAUUAAGAAGGUUAACAAAGAAAAGGCAGGGGAUGCAAAAGUUGAACUGCUCGAACGAGAAGUAAGCAUUCUGAAACAAGUGAAACAUGCUCAUAUAAUACAUCUCAAGGAAGUCUUCGAAACACCAAAGAGGAUGUAUUUGGUCACUGAGCUGUGUGAUGGAGGUGAACUGAGGGAGCUGGUGGAGAGGAACAAGUGCCUCACAGAGGAGCAGACGAGGCAUAUCAUCAGAAGCUUAGCUGAGGCCAUCGUGUACCUGCACAAGAAGGACAUAGUGCAUCGGGACUUGAAAUUGGAGAACAUUUUGGUGAAAAGUUCUCUACAUGGGGUCGAUGAUGAUAUGAUCAAUAUCAAGGUGACAGACUUUGGAUUGUCAGUGAAGAACGGUGGUGUUGGGAUUGAGAACAUGAUGACGGCCACCUGUGGGACGCCUCUCUCUAUGGCCCCUGAGGUGAUAAAAGGUCAUGCGUACAGUCAACAGUGUGAUGUGUGGAGCAUCGGAGUGAUCAUGUAUAUGCUGCUAUGUGGAGAGGCUCCAUUCAUGUCCAAUUCAAAGGAAAAACUGUUUGAGAAGAUUAAGAAAGGAGAACUCAAAUUUACUGGGCCCAUCUGGGACACAAUCAGUGAUGCAGCAAAACAAGUAUUGCGUUGCCUUCUGAAGGUAGACCCUGCCCACCGUAUCACAGCUAAUGAGCUGCUAAAUAACGCUUGGAUCACAGGUGACACCAACAACACUGCCACACCGACCAAUGUGCUGGAGAUGAUGCGCCACUUCCGGGAAGACCCAGAUGUGACCAACAGCCUGGAGCAGGACGAGAGUGAGGCGAUCGCACAGACUCUGGAGGAGCUCUCCCUCACUUCCUCCGAGGACAUUGUGGUGGCAGAACAGAGGGCGGCCUCAGCUCCCAGUGACUGCAGGAGCCACGCAGAGCUCAACCACGAGGGAGACUCAGACAGCAGCAGCAAAACCCUAACCCCUACCAAACAGAAAGAAGAAGCUGGUGGACGCCUCCAGCAGGAUGGCAGCAAAAGCCAGUCACCCCCCCAACCCUCCACCUCACAGGUGUUGAACCCUCCAGGCGGCCAAGUGCAAAGCAGUGCAGCACGAAAGACAAGAGGGAUGCCAGGUCUUCUGCCUCGUCAGGGGUGUUUGCCCUUAAACCAACCUCUGGCCCAAGGAAGGCAGAAGCCCAGAGACCCUCCAACGCCGGGAGGAGCCAGAAACCAUCUGCCUGCCCAGGACUAA